AUGUAUCAGUCCUCAAAAAAGCAACAACAGUCAAUUGCACAAUCCCAGCAGCAGCAGCAGUUGUCUCAGCCCAGCUUUCCGCAGUCGGCCACGUACGAACAGCAACAGCAGCAGCAGCAAGCUAUUUCCGGUCCUGUUAGCACUGCCGGGCAUGAGUUGAUGUCUUCUCAUCUCUCUUCACCGUCCUCCCCUUCCGCCAAAUUCUCUCGCCAGUCGGGCAUGGCAAUGUUUUGUCCUUCUAAGAUGUAUUGUGAUCAAUUUUUGAUGGAACUAAGAGACAGCAUGUCUCAGGCUAUUCAGGGGACAAAGAAACGAGGAAAUCUGUUACCCCAGUGCUUCCUUAUUGUCGGCGUUUUCCGUUCCACUCUCUUCUUUCCCACCCACAAGACGUAG